GUUCUUAUUCUCCUUCUCCCAUUUCCCCUUUCUCUUUGUUUUUUACUGCCUCUCUCUCUCUCUCUCUCCGUCCCUCUCCGUCCUCCCAGCGAGAGAGCCGAGAAAGUGCAUUUCGCCUUCCAAACUGAGCCGAGUCUCUCUCUAAUUCCUUCCUUCCCCUUCAAUUGAAAUUGCAGAUUUUUAGUCAACGUAACAUAUCCUAGAUUUCCUCACCCAAUUUUGCAGAUUAAAACCUCAAUCAGUAAUUCUCACUCCUCAUUUCAUCCUGAUUGCCCUUCAAAACCCUAGAUCUAAUUUCAAUUCUUCCAAAUUCCACCCGAAUUUUAUAUUGCCUGCUAAUUCUACGAGUAAUUUGCGCGCAUGGUGGGGAUGGGAAGGGUUUACAAUGGAGAAACCUCCAACCCGUCGUCUUCCACAACGGCGUCAACAUCGCCGCCGCCGGUGACGACGUCGACGUCGAUCACGGAGACUGUGAAUGGAACGCACGAUUUUAAGAUCACGGGGUAUUCCUUGUCCAAGGGAAUUGGGAUUGGCAAGUACGUAGCGUCUGAUAUUUUCAUGGUGGGAGGCUAUGCGUGGGCGAUCUAUUUCUAUCCUGAUGGGAAAAGCGUGGAGGACAAUGCGACGUAUGUUUCCUUGUUUAUUGCGCUAGCCAGCGAGGGAACGGACGUUAGAGCGCUGUUUGAACUGACGCUUAUGGAUCAGAGCGGGAGAGGGAGGCAUAAGAUUCAUAGCCAUUUCGGAAGGGCUUUAGAGAGUGGGCCUUACACGUUAAAAUACCGCGGAAGCAUGUGGGGCUAUAAGCGGUUUUUUAAGAGAACUGCACUAGAAACAUCAGACUAUCUGAAGAAUGAUUGUCUUCAGGUUCAUUGUUGUGUUGGUGUAGUUAGAUCCCAAACUGAGGGACCCAAAAUCUACUCUAUACCGCUUCCACCUUCGGACAUUGGUCAACAUUUUGGGCAGCUACUGGAAUGUGGAAAGGGAACUGAUGUAAAUUUUGAAGUCAAUGGAGAAAAAUUUUCUGCUCACAAGUUGGUUCUUGCUGCGCGCUCACCUGUAUUUAGAGCUCAACUAUUUGGCCCAAUGAAAGAUCAUGACACACAAUGCAUUCGAGUUGAAGACAUGGAAGCUCCUGUUUUUAAGGCUCUACUUCAUUUCAUAUACUGGGAUUGCUUACCUGAUAUGGAAGAACUUACUGGUUUGAACUCAAAAGGGGCUACAAGCUUGAUGGCUCAACAUCUGCUUGCUGCUGCAGAUAGAUAUGGUUUGGAUAGGCUCAGGUUGAUAUGUGAAGCUAAUCUCUGCGAGGAUGUUGCCAUAAAUACUGUUGCUACUACGCUGGCCCUUGCAGAGCAGCAUCACUGUUUCCAGCUGAAGUCUGUAUGCCUAAAAUUUGUUGCCAUGCCAGAAAAUCUUAGGGCUGUUAUGCAGACAGACGGGUUUGAAUACCUAAAAGAAAGUUGUCCGAGCGUGCUCACAGAAUUGUUGGAGUAUGUAGCUAGGAUCAAUGAGCAUUCUGUCAGUGUGAACAAGCAAUUGACUGAUGGUAUAUUGGACGGGAGUGAUGUCAAUGGUCGGCGGGUGAAGCAGAGAUUGUAGUAGGUCUUGCAAUUCAACCAUCCUCUGUAGGUUAAAGAGAGUAGUUGAAAUCAGUUUGCAGGGUUUAGAGAGACAAUUUUCUGAAUGCAGCUUCUAGAUUGACAAAGUUGUAAAUGUAGUGCCUUCCCUGUGUAUGUGUCAUGAUCUUGUUACAAUUCUGGAGUGUCGGUUUUCUCGAAUAUCAGAAUCUUUAAACGCAUUACGUUGUGAGUUUGUAGAUGUAUGGUUCUCUGUAAUAUUAGGCCAUAAAUUUAACAAGCUGUUGACUCUUUUAGACGUGGACAAGUAUUUCUUUGGCAUCAACGCAAUACAGUGCAGACGGCUGCAGUUAUUCCUA